AUGCCUUCAAAAUCUAAAGAUACACUCAGCGUGCGGCCGGUGUCUCGAGGAAAUAACCGCUCGCGCAGUCGCAGUCGCAGUCGCAGCCGUUCACCCAAUCCAAAAUCGAAAAAGUCCGCACUCAAGAAAGCAAAGGAUUAUUCGUCGGAAGGCGUCAAGGAUAAUGACAUUUUCAAUCUCCCAGUUUCAGACUAUCUGUGGCUCGCAGGCUUGACCCUGGGGGCAGCCGCGGUCCGAUUGUUUCGCAUUUACCAACCCUCGAGUGUUGUUUUCGAUGAGGUCCAUUUCGGUGGCUUCGCAACCAAAUACAUCAAGGGCAGGUUUUUUAUGGAUGUUCACCCCCCGCUUGCGAAAUUGCUCAUUACAUUGGCUGCCUGGCUCGCUGGCUUUCAAGGCGACUUUGAUUUCAAAGACAUUGGAUUGGACUAUCUUGAGCCUGGAGUCCCCUACGUCGCUAUGCGCCUGCUGCCAGCUAUCCUUGGUGUAUUGACUGUACCCUUGAUGUUCCUAACGUUGAAAGCCACUGGCUGCAGAACAUCCACUUCUGUCAUGGGAGCAGUAUUGGUUACCUUUGACAAUGCCCUUACCACUCAGUCCCGUUUUAUUCUCCUGGACUCACCCCUGAUUUUCUUUACGGCCUUGACUGCACUAUCCUUUGUGUGCUUUACAAAUCAACAUGAGCAGGGCCCUUCCAAAGCAUUUAAAGGCGCUUGGUGGUUCUGGCUGGCUUUUAGUGGACUUUCACUAGGCGCCACACUCAGCGUCAAGUGGGUUGGUCUCUUCACCACCGCCUGGGUGGGAUCCUUGACUAUCCUCCAACUGUGGGUUCUUCUAGGCGAUUCAAAUACAGUCACACCACGUCUGUGGUUUAAACACUUUUUUGCUCGAUUCUUCUGUCUCGUUGUCAUUCCCCUUGGCUUCUACGUCGCGAUGUUCGGCAUUCACUUCCUCUGCUUAGUGAACCCUGGAGAAGGGGAUGGCUUCAUGUCUUCUGAAUUCCAAGCUACUCUCAACUCCAAAGCUAUGCAAGACGUUCCGGCAGACGUUGUCUUCGGCUCCCGAGUCAGCCUUCGCCAUGUCAAUACCCAGGGUGGUUACCUCCAUUCGCAUGCACACAUGUACCCAACCGGAAGCCAGCAGCAACAGGUCACUCUCUAUCCACACAAGGAUGAGAACAACGUCUUCCUCCUUGAAAACCAGACUCAGCCGCUUGGAGUUGAUGGAGUAGAGAUUGAAGGACCAAUGGCUUGGGAUAAUGGAACCGCAGAGUAUAUUUAUGAUGGGGCUGUCAUUCGACUGUACCACUUGAUGACACACCGCCGUAUUCACUCUCAUGAUGAACGUGCUCCUAUUACGGAAGCCGACUGGCAAAACGAAGUGUCUGCCUAUGGUUACGAAGGUUUCCCAGGUGAUGCCAACGAUCUCUUCCGUGUUGAAAUCGUCAAGUCCUCUUCUGAUGGCGAGGAAGCUAAGAAGCGCCUACGUACGAUUCAAACUAAAUUCAGACUUGUUCACGUUAUGACCGGAUGUGCCUUGUUCUCGCACAAGGUCAAGCUACCCGAUUGGGCGUUUGACCAACAAGAAGUUACUUGCGCCAAGCAAGGCACUCUCCCCAACAGUCUCUGGUAUAUUGAAUCCAAUGCCCACCCCGCGUUGACAGAAGAGUCGGAGAAAGUCAACUACCGAAACCCCGGUUUCUUGGGCAAGUUCUUGGAGCUGCAAAGAGUCAUGUGGACAACUAACGCCGGUUUGACUGAAUCGCAUGCCUGGGACUCUCGCCCUCCUUCAUGGCCCACUCUCCUUCGUGGUAUUAACUUCUGGGGCAAGGACCACCGUCAAGUCUAUCUGCUUGGAAACCCACUUAUUUGGUGGUCAUCAACCGCUGCGAUCGCUCUUUAUGUCGCUUUCAAGGGUUUUGCAGUUAUCCGCUGGCAACGAAGCUUCGACGACUACAAGAACGUCAACUUCAAGCGAUUCGACUAUGAAGUCGGCACUACAGUACUUGGCUGGGCUUUCCACUACUUUCCCUUCUUCCUCAUGGCCCGUCAGCUCUUCUUGCACCAUUACCUCCCAGCUCUGUACUUUGCCAUCAUGGCGUUGUCGCAGACCUUUGACUUCAUUUUAAAUCGUGUUCAGCUACCUGUCAUUGGCAAGAAAUCUAUUAUCGGCAGCGGACUCAUCACGACUUUCCUUGCCUUGAGUGUCGGUGUCUUUGUCAUCUACUCCCCUCUCACUUAUGCCAAUCCUUGGACAAGAGAUACCUGCCAGAGCGUGAAAUUGCUCGAUUCUUGGGAUUUCGAUUGUCCUAUCUUCCAUACUAACUUGAAUGAUUAUAUUACACCCUAUUCAAACGCAAAUGAGCCAGUGAAGUCACAGGCUCCUGCUAUUCCUAUCCAGAACCAACAACAGCCCAUCGGCGAUAGCCCAGAGGACAACAAGCAGUUCGUAACUUCACAGCCGGCGGGUUCAAAUCGAAUUAUUGGCCGUGAAGAGCGUGUUGAAUACCGCGAUGAAGCCGGCAACCUCUUGGACCCCAAGGAAGUCGCCAAACUACAAGCAGAAGGAAAAGUGUCCUUGCAAACCAAAUACUCAACACAAACGCGAGUCAUUGAUGCAAGCGGCAACCAAAGCGUCAAGAUUCCCGAACAUGCUCCUCCACAUCCUGAUGUCGAAGGUCAGAACCCAGAGACCAAUCGGAACGGUGAUGAAAGCGUCGCUCCUCGGAACGAGCCCGCGUCAGCCGCAGGUUCGGAGAAGUCUGUUUAUGAUGAACAGGUUGCCAGUGCACCUAAGCCUGCAAGUGAAGCUCAAGGAGCAACGGCAUGA